GAGAGCAAUCCACAAAUACACGCAGCGAUCUACAAAUGCACAGUACGCGAUUCACAUAUAAAUGCCGGGCAAAGUUGUGUUUGUAGAAUAAAAAAAAUAUUUAUUACAUUCACCCAGGGUCUUGGUGUAUUUCCAGUUACUGCCUGCCCCUUUUGGAGCUCUAUUUAAGCAGCAUCCCAAUCAAACACAUCUCACUUUUCUGGCUUUUACCAGACGAGCUGAUCUUGAGAAGUUUCUUUAGACUACAGUCACCUAUAUCUGUUUACUUCAAAGAUGUCCUACCCAGCAACUCUAGAGAUAAUUGGUGGAAGGGGAGGCGAUGAAUUUUCAUUGACUGGUGAGGAAAAUAGUGCCAGUCUAGAGAAGAUCUGGGUGUGGGUGGGAGGAUGGCAGGUGAAGGCUGUAAAGGUUUGGCUUUCAGAUGGCAGAAAUGAAAUCUUUGGAAAGCCAUCUGGAUCACAUCAAGAGUACAUAUUCACGCCUGGUGAGUGUUUCACCUCACUGUCCCUGUGGGGAAAUGGAGCAGGAACACGUCUUGGAGCCAUCAAAUUCAAGACCAGUAAGGGUGGAGAAUUUUUUGCAAAGAUGACGAGCUGGGGUUUGAAAAAAGAAUAUCCCAUGGAUGUUGGCUCUGGAUAUUGUCUGGGAGUUGUAGGAAGAGCUGGUGAAGACAUUGACUGCAUGGGAUUCAUGUUUCUCAAUGCAGUUCAAUCAACAGUUCUCACCAAUGUCAACUAUCCCACAAUAAACCAACUGAUACCAAAGGUAACAGUAGAAGAGCUCAAAUCCGUCACUUACAAGAACAACAGCUCCAUUGCUCAAAAGCAAACAGUUGAAACCUCAAAGACAAUAACCACAAAAUCUUCAUGGUCUGUGAGUAACAGCUUUACAGCAACAUUUAGUGUGGAAGUGAAGGCAGGGAUUCCAGAGGUGGCAGAAUUUACAGCAGGAUACAGUAUCAGCGUUGGAACAGAAAGCACUUAUAGUCAUGAGCAGUCGGAUGAGAGAAAGGAAACCCUGUCUACUGCUAUAGAUGUUCCACCAAAAAAGAAGGUGGAUGUUGACAUCACCAUUGGCAGAGCCACAUUUGACCUGCCUUACACUGGCACAAUGAUCAUCACUUGCAAGAACGGCAGUGUGCUAGAGUAUGAAACCAGUGGCCAGUACAAAGGUGUCACUUACACUGAUAUCAAAGUGGAUACUAAAGAAUAUGAUCUGUAAUGUUAAGACAGAUGUAAUCAACAAAUUCAAUCAUUUUAUUUUAUUAUUUAUCCACAUUUAAUUGUAAUUUUCUUGGGCAUUUGUGAUUUCAGAGGAUAAUAAUUUUGAUUUUAAUA